AUGGCUGGGGAGGAUGAGAUUGAAGGGAGAAACAGAGAUGAUGAUGAACAAAUGCAUUACAAUUCCACCAAUUUAUCCUCAGAUUGGCCGUUUAACAGUUCCAAUGAUCUUACAAACACAUCGAUGGCCAUGGUUACCUCAAGCAACCCCAUGAACAACAACACUCCAUGUUCUUCAGCUUCCAUGAUCGAUUCCUUUUGCCAUACGCCUCCCACCAUUUGGGAUCACAAUCCUACAAAUCCUCAAAGCUUAGGAGCUUUCUGCGAUAUGAAUUUACAGAACAAUCCGACCACUUCAUCAUCCUCACUUGGGUUCCGAAAAGGAAAUCUCCACACCCCUUCACGAAACCUCGACAUGUCUUGGCCCCCACCAAAUUCCGCCAUUAAAAGAGGCGGUAUGUUCAUACCACCACCACCAGCUGCUACUUCCACCAUGCUUCCUCACACUUUAUCUCAAUUCCCAGCUGAUUCAGGUUUCAUUGAAAGAGCAGCCAGAUUGUCGUCGUUCAGUGCAGGUAACUUCGAAGACAUGAUAAACCCUUUUGGCAAUGGACCUGAAUCAUCUUUAAGUCCUUAUUCUAGUAGACCAGUUCAAGAGGGUUUUGUAAACGGGUUCAAAUCGACAUCUGGCGAAGGGUCUAAAGACAUUCCACUUCCUGUAGACUGCGAUGGAAGUCAACCCAAGAACGAUGCCAGACAGGGUGGUUCUGGUUUUUCCGGCAACAAUCUUCCUGGUGAAGCUGAAUUUAGUGAAGGCGGACAAGAUGAGACUUCAAACGAGGGACUUGGCUCAAAGAAACGAAGAAGAAGUGAUCAGGAUACUGAUUACAACCAAGUCAAAAGAUCCCCACAAACACCUAAUGAAUCUACAAAAAACAACACUGAAAUCCAACAAAUGGGUGACAAGAAUCCAAAUUCAAUUGCUAAUAAAUCAAGUGGUAAACAUGGAAAACAAGUAUCUCAAUCAUCCGAUGGACAAAAAGAAGAAUACAUUCAUGUAAGGGCAAGAAGAGGCCAAGCUACCAAUAGCCAUAGUCUUGCAGAAAGAGUAAGAAGGGAGAAAAUUAGCGAAAGAAUGAAGUUUCUUCAAGAUCUUGUCCCUGGAUGUAGCAAGGUCACAGGAAAAGCUGUUAUGUUAGAUGAAAUUAUUAACUAUGUACAGUCGCUACAAAGACAAGUUGAGUUUUUGUCAAUGAAGCUUGCUACAGUUAAUCCCCGAAUGGAUUUUAACCUUGAAGGACUUAUAGCAAAAGAUAUGCUUGAAUCGCGAGGGGUGCCUUCUGCUUCGCUUGGUUUUGGUGCUGACAUGGCAAUGGCUUAUAACCCAUCACAAAUGGCAAUCAUGCAAGGUGGAAUUUCUGGUUUAGGAAGCUCAUCAGAUGCAGUGAGAAGAACAAUUAAUUCCCAUUUAAUGGCCAUUGGUGGAGUAUAUAAAGAUCCUACUUCUCAGGUACCUAGCUCGUGGGAUGAUGAGCUUAAUAACAUAGUUCAAAUGGGAUUAAAUCCUAGUAGUACUCAAAAUUUAGGAUCAACACCUCCAAGUCAUCUGAAAGCUGAACCCUAAGAGAGAUAUUAGGUUUCAAGAAAAGGGUCGUCAUGUAAUUAAUCAGUGGAUAUUCUUUUUGGUUAAUCUCUAUAUAGAAAACAGCAAAAGAAGGUUGAUACAUAUAAAUCAUAUAUAGCAGAUGGGAGUCGAGUUGCUCAUUAGUAAAAAAAAGAGUUUUUUUUUUUUUGCUUAAAUUGUAAAGCAACUGAAAUGCAGAAGUAUCAGCAUGUGUGUGGGGAACGUUUUAUUUUG